GUGCUAGAGGAGAGCAACGGCAGUCGCCAUGAGAGCUCUGAUCGCGCGCCUGCCCUUGCUGCUGCUCGCCCUGGGGCUGUGGCUCCCAGCGGCCACACAGGCGGCGCGCAUCCUGGGCAUCUUCCCCACGCCCUCCAUCAGCCACCAGCUGCCCUACCAGGCGGUGAUGAAGGCACUAGCGGCGCGUGGUCACCAGAUCACCGUCAUCAGCCCUGACCCUCUCAAGGAACCUGUGGCCAACUACACAGAUAUAGAUCUUUCAUUCAGUUAUAAACUUUUUCGAGAAAUGAUAACUUUCGCGGACAUGUCAGAAGUUGAUCCAGUGACAGUUGUGAAGUUACUGACGCCUGGAUACUUUCAGCUAGUCGACGAGCAGCUUGGAUCUAAACAAAUACAAGACUUUCUCAAAUACAAUGCCUCCCAAGGCUUCGACCUUGUGUUCUACGAGUGGUGGGGAUAUGAAGCCUUGUUCGGGCUUAUUCACGCCGUAGGCUCACCGCCGCAAGUCGGUAUUCUUUCAUUCGGCGGAACCGUCGUCCAGUGGAGAUCCAUUGGCAAUCCUCACAAUCCAGCCAUCAAUCCCGACGCUUUAACUGGAUUUACGGACCAGAUGACUUUCUGGGAGCGCGUUCAGAAUUUAAUGAGCAACAUCAGAUUGACAUGGCACUGGGAAGGCGUAAUGUUCACAGAACAUGUGUGGAUAGACGGGGCGGAACAUGGCGUCAUCUACUUCAGCCUGGGUACCAAUAUCUUGUGCAAGGACCUGCCGCCCGAGAAGCUCCAAGCCAUCCUGCGUGCGCUGGCGCGCCUACCGCAGCGCGUGCUCUGGAAGUUUGAGAACGACACGCUGCCCGGCCAGCCGCCCAACGUGCGAAUCUCCAAGUGGCUGCCGCAGCAGGACAUCCUCGAGAGCGCCAGCCGCCAUGCGAGCUCUGAUCGCGCGCCUGCCCUUGCUGCUGCUCGCCCUGGGCUGUGGCUCCCAGCGGCCACACAGGCGGCGCGCAUCCUGGGCAUCUUCCCCACGCCCUCCAUCAGCCACCAGCUGCCCUACCAGGCGGUGAUGAAGGAGUUGGCUUUGCGUGGUCACCAGAUCACCGUCAUCAGUCCUGAUCCACUCAAAGAACCUGUGGCUAAUUAUACAGAUGUAGACAUUUCCUUCAGUUACGAAUAUUUUCGACUAGUGAUAACUUUCGCAGACAUGUCAGAAGUUGAUCCUGUGACAAUGCUGGAAAUGAUGACACCUGGCUUUAUCAAACUAGUCGACAAGCAGCUUAGUUCCGAACAAAUAAAAGAUUUUCUCAGAUACAACGCCACCCAAGGUUUCGACCUGGUGUUCUUCGAGUGGUGGGGAUACGAGGCUUUUUUCGGGCUAAUCCACGCCGUAGGAUCACCGCCAGUCAUUGGGAUUCUGUCUUUCGGUGGAAGCAUCGUGCAGUUCAGAUCCAUCGGCAAUCCGCAUAAUCCAGCCGUCAAUCCAGAUGUAUUUACUGGCUUUUCAGAGAAAAUGACGUUCUGGGAGCGCGUUCAGAAUUUAAUCGCUAUGGUUCGAGUGACAAGACAAUGGGAAGGCGUAAUGUUCCAUGAACACGAGAAACUUAUGCGAAAACAUUUUGGAUCAGCGCCGCCAUCCGUCUAUGACACAUCUCGGAAUCUCAGCCUUCUGAUACUAUGCAACCACUGGACCCUGGAAUAUCCGCGAGCCCUACUGCCUAACGUCCUGCAGCUGACAGGGUUGCACGUGCGGGAAGAGACACGCCCCCUUCCCGCCGACCUGCAGGCGUGGCUGGACGGCGCGGAGCAGGGCGUCGUCUACUUCAGCCUGCGGCUCCAA